AUGGCUCCAGUCUCAAGUUUUCUGUCUGCCUUGGCUAUCGCCUAUGGCUUCUGUGGCUCCCUCACUGCUGCCCACCCGGGUGAAGCACCAAAAGACAUUAAAUCUAUUAUGCGGGAGAUGAAACGGAUGUCAGAAGUUGCCGAUUACCAGAGGUCUGUCAUGGAUAAUUGCUGGGAUAGUCCACAUGUUCGAGAAUUACAGCAAAGGGCUGCAGAACGUCGCGCGGCUAUGGUGCACUCUCUUCGAGUUGAGCGGGAUUUGGUUGACACACCAAUUCUCGACAAGCGAACACUUGCAAACUUCAAAGACUGGGCAAAAGUAAGCCAUAAUAAGACUGGCAGUGGGAUGACUGUCGAUACUCCAAUUCAAACCCUCUUUGGAGCCAAUGCUUCAUGUAUUAUGACACCGGAUAAUGCCAACGGUCCAUACUACGUCAAGGGCGAGCAAGUACGCAAGAAUCUAGUCGAGAACCAGAAGGGUGUUCCAAUGCACUUGGAAAUGCAAUUCAUGGAUAUCAAAACGUGUAAACCAGCACCAAAGGUAUUGGUCGAUAUCUGGUCAUGCAACGCCACCGGUGUCUACUCUGGUGUCUCGGCUGCAGGCCAAGGAGGAUUGAACACUUUCUGGCUCCGUGGUGCACAGAUGACAGACAACGAUGGAGUGGUGAACUUUGAUACCCUCUUCCCAGGUCACUACAGUGGCAGAGCUACCCACGAGCACAUCGUCACUCACGUCGGAUCAUCUCUCGCAGCAAAUGGUUCUUACACCGGUGGAAAGAUCAACCAUCUCUCUCAACUAUUCUUCGAACAACCCCUGAUCACCGCAGUCGAAAAGACGGCUCCAUACAACACCAACAAAAUUGCACUUACUCAAAACAAUGCAGAUGGAUACACCGGUUACGCUGCCAGCAAAGCCUACGAUCCAUUCCCAAACUACACAUUCCUCGGUAACAAGCUCGAGCAAGGUCUCUUCGUCUGGGCGCUCGUCGGUCUCGAUUUAGCUGGCGAUGUCGAGAAAUGGGCUACCAACACUGCUUAUGUCGAUGCUACCGGUGGACACAACAACCCCAAGUUCGAUAUGAGCAUUGUUGCUACUCCACCACCAACCCAUGGUAAGAGAGACGAAAAUGGCGAUCUGAUCGAGGGCGAGGAAGAGGAGGUUGAAGAGUACGAGGUUUUGGAGGGAUAG